UAACUAAUGUAAAAUUACCUAUCCGCAUCGGUUUAUGGUAUUGUAAUGCUGUUUUUCGCAGAUUCAGUGUAAUUUAAAGUAGUUAUCGGGAAUAAAAACAAUUGUCUAGAGUGGAACCAUGACAGAGGUAGAAAAUAUCUCGCCAUCUUCUUCAAUGUCUUCAUCAAAAUCGUAUGGGUCAUCUUCGUCGUCAGGUUGCAACCAGUCAAUGCCAGAUCACAAAAACAGCAUUCAGGGCCUUCCAAAACAAUUCGUCAAAUCUAUGCGAACCCUAUUUGACAUGCUGGAUGACAGCAAUACGGGUGCCGUACCCUUGGCAGAAAUCGAACGCCGUUGGAGAGACGACGCUGUGCCGAACCUACCUGGAGUGCUCUCUGCAUUGAAAGAUAUUGCACCGCCUGAACAAUUAUUGACUUUCGACACAUUUGUUUGUGGACUUCGCCUUGCCUUAUCCAGAGCAAGAAGAAACGAGGUACUUCCGCUGAAAAGUUUGAACGCCGCUCGGCCGAAAUGGAGUGGUCACGGUAAAUUGCAAUCCCUUUCGUGCGAUCACCCAUUACCUACUCAAAAAUAUUCAAACGUGGCGGCCGUGUUUCCUUCUUUGCACCAUCAAAGCAACCAACAGUUCCAGACAAAGCUGAAUAAUACCGUCAACCUGAAACGCCGGGAUACCACAGUAUCUACGUCGAAAUCAAAUAGACCAUUUCGACACAGACGAUCAAACAGUGGACCCAUAUUCACCGCAAAGAUAAUACCAAACGUAAAACACCAUACGACAUCUUCACAAUACACCACUCAAGACGACAUCAAGGUGGACAACGGUGGACAGAAUCAUUCCUCCAAACAAUGUAACGCAAAACAAAAUGCCGAAGAAAUUAGGAAAUUGAAUUUUGAAAAAGGAAAUAACUGCUAUUCAAAAGACAAAGAAAAUCGAGCGGAUAACUAUUAUCGAGAUUCGUCAAAUUGUCGUAACAAUACUCCAAGAAGCAACCUUGAUCAAAUAACAGCCAGCACUCUUUUCAUAAACGAGGUUGACGGCCCCUCUGUGAUGAAUAUGCAGCCGGUGGUGCUAUCCGGAAAGUAUAUAGGAAUAACAGGAACACUAAAACGGACCAAAUCUUCCGUCAGUAUUCCUCAACACCAACAAUACGGGAGUCUUCAACGGUCUUCAAAAAAUUCUGAAAAUAAACCGAUGGUGAUUUCUGCGUCCAUGAAUUCGUUUUCGACAAUGGGAAGAUCAGCGGCUUCGAGUCGAUUUUCGAGAAAUGCGCAUUCAUUAUACACAGCAACCGGAAAACUGCAUUCUGGUGACCAGCUUGAUCGCAAGAGAGCGAUAGAGAGCAACAGUGGAAAGGUUGGCGAAGAUGAAAUUACCCAAAUCAACGAAAAUCGGCCAAACAAUGAAGGACACGGAAGACGAUGCAAUAGUUCUUCUCCACCCGAAAUACCCAUUGUUAAAUACGCACGGAGCUCAAGCCGAGCGGAAGUCACAGAAAUUCCCAAAUUAAAUCUUCAUGGAUCUAUGUCGUCAUCAACUUCAAACGGUGAUUCGUCGGCGGCAACAUCUCCUAGAUCUAUAGAGAAUGUGGCAAAAGCACUUUUCACUUCUCCUUCAGAUUCCAGAAGUUCUCAAAAUCAGGAACAAAGUACACCACCAUUUACUGUUUCUACUUCGGCAGCUUCAGGGAUAAGACGCCGAGCAAACAGUGCUUCUAUACAACAGAGAAGAAAUAUUCGUCGACACACAGUUGCUACAGGAAUAGAUUAUAAUACGAUCAAAUAUAUGAAACAGCUUGAUGACCAGAAGAAGUUGUUGCUUCAAGGACUACAGGCAAUAGAUUCGACUAAAUCAUGGUUUGAAAGAAGAUUAAAUAACAUCAAUGGAAGACAGAAUCAAAUCAAUUUAAAAAUAAACAAAGGAUCUCUUUCUGUAGGAAGAUCAACAUCAUCCGAAGAUAUAUGUAAAACAGAACCUGGUUCCGCAGAUUAUCGUCUUGAUAACAUUGCAGAAACUGAAAAACAGAUGAGAUCCUUGAUGAAUACCGUAUCUCAGCUACAAACACUAUUUACAAGCACUGCUACUAUUGAGGUUAACAACGGAAAAAGCGAAGAACAAUCUUUGACUAUCACAACACUGCGAGACCACAAUCAACUCUUAACAAGGGAAGUCUCGGAUAAAUCUGACCAAGUCGUUCAACUACAAAAAGAAAAAGCUGCUCUCGUGCGCCAACUAUUUCAAGCUAGAGCCGAACUACAACAAAACAGCGGGAAUCAAGUCAACACUUCGAUAUUUAUAUAACCAGUCAUUGAAAUUCAUGUUGUACCAUGUAUAGAAUAUGAAUGAUUCGUGAUCACCAAUCAAUCAUGUAUGGUUCGUACUAAAAUGCAAUCACUUCUAUUAUAAAUUUUAUUGUCCAAAAAUACCAAUAUGACAGAAUUCAAAACUACAAACGAACAAACGAGACAUUUGUUUAGCCAAAGCAAUCACUCCAGAUUGUGUUUAUCCAUUUAAUAUAACCUCAGUUUAUUUAAUAUUGGCAUCUAUUUAUCAUUUCUCAAAACUUUUUUAUGUGCGAAUCGUAUUGAGCAAUCUGUUAUGCCUCUUGUAUUAGUUAGUUCCCAAUUAUAGUAUACUCACAGUUACAGCAUAUGUACUCUAUCGAAGCCAUGUCGUUGCUAUAUUAAAUAUAUAUGAAUGCAAUCAUAUGUUUGUGAAGUUACAUAAUACUACGUUAUCUCUUGUAUAUUUAUGAUUCUAUGUCUGUUUGCGUUGUCGAAGAAAACCUCUUUCACGAUC